AUGGGUGUUCUAGAAGACAAGCUAAACAAGGCCUCUCGCCCAAUCCCAGCCGGUCUAAUUAGCUAUCAACAAGGUCAAAGGCGAUGGAUAAUCGCUUGGCUUUUCUUCCCUGCAUUUGCAUUUCUAAUCGGAGGCCCAAAACAGCAACAAAGUCUCUAUUAUGGGAGACCCCGAUCAUUAGGCUUCAUACUUCUCCAGAAGCUCAUCGGCUCCAGUGUAGAAAGCUUUCCCCCUGAAGCUCCUCUCACUACAUUCUCUCACGAUAUUUUGUUCAUUUUCUUCGUCACGACAACCCCUAUACAAGAAUUUCAUGAUGUCAUGGGGGAUCAACAAGCCGGUCGUCGAACUUUACCACCCAUCCUCUCUACGAAACAACUGGAUAUGCUACGGAAAGUAACAGCCUUGAUUAUUUUGGUGUAA